AUGUGGGAGGUAGGAGCUGUGAGGCUGGCGGAGAGCGCUGCCGCCGCUGUGAGCUGCAAACUACUGAAUGGGAAUCUAUCCGGCAACUUCAGCAGACCGCUGUCUCACGGCGACACGGGGGCUCUGCGUAAAACCAAGCGGCGCGUCUCCAAGUCUGGGUCAGCCCAACUCACAGACGGAGAGGACGCUGAAGUUGGAUCGGGCGAGCAGCUUUUCACUUGUUACCGGCGCUCGGCUCCCACUAACAUGCCUGCCAUCAAAAAGGAGAGGCUGGAUGGAGACGACAUGGCAUUGACUGCGUUCAAUCAGUCCGAAUACCUGGCCCCUUUAAAUGCUACCGCUAUCCCCGUGGUGACCCCGCAUCCGCCGCCCUACGACCACAUUUUCGCCCAUCACCGCGCGUACUUGGGGCUCCACGACUCGGCGCUGCAUCACCAGCACCUCCACCAUCACACGGACGACUUAAUGCUGGAGAGGUUCUCCUCCAUCCCCGACUUUCAGCCCUUCUUCGACAACGGGGAGCCGUGCAUCGAGGUGGAGUGCGGGGAAAACAAGGCUUUGCUUUAUAUCAAUAAGUUGUGUCAAGGUAGUAAGGGACCCUCAAUUAAAUAUAGGGGCGAGUGGCUUACCCCCAACGAGUUCCAGUUUGUCAGUGGACGAGAGACUGCCAAAGAUUGGAAACGGAGCAUUAGACACAAAGGGAAAAGUCUCAAGACUCUUAUGUCCAAAGGAAUCUUACAGGUGCACCCUCCAAUCUGUGAUUGUCCUGGUUGUCGAAUUUCAUCUCCUGUGAACCGCGGGCGCUUGGCCGAGAAACGCACCAUCCCCCUUCCUCCUAACCGGGUGCCCAAGAAGGAGCUGGCCUCCAUCUUCAGCAGCGACGACAGUGAAGGCAGCGAGCGGGCCAGUGGGGAUCAUGCCCACAUCAAACAGGAGGACGAGCUGCAUUACAGUAUCAUGAGAAAGAGUCGUGACAGUGACCUCUCGACAAUCAUCUCCAACCUGCACCACACCAGACAGCACGGCAUGCCCGAGGGCCAGUCAGCCUCUGACCACAGCACCAGUACUGGACACACAGAUGACCUUCUAGGCAAGAGAAGAAGCUUCUCUCCCAACAGCAGCAGCGAGUGUCCCUCUGACAGCAAGAAGUCACGUAGCGUAUCCCCCAAAGAAAACUCCCAGAGCCCAGUAGUGGAGGCAGGCGGCAGCCAUAGCCACAUGAGCCCUGAGGAGCACUACAGGCGAAUGAUGUCAGCGCUCAGCGAGCAAGGGUCCUAUGAGGAACAGCAGCAACGGCUCUACCAGCUGGCGAGCAGCAUGGGUCUGCCUGGCCACGACAUGCUGCGUGCUCGUCAGGAGGCGUUGGCUGCAGCGGUGAGGAAUCCAGCAGCCUUAGAAGCUCACCUGCCCUCAGCGGGCAGCUCCUCUUCAUCCAGCCAGAGACGCAAGCAGGGUCUGCCGCAGCACCGGGACGCACAUUACACUGACAGAGAAAUGUCCCAUCCUCCACCCCUACUGUCCCCUCCAACUGCCCCUCACAUCGCCUUAGGACCUCACCUGCGGCCUCCUUUCCUGGGCAUGCCCUCUGCUCUUUGCCAGGCCCCUGGUUAUGGUUUCCUUCAACCAGCUCAAGCUGAGAUCUUUGCUCGACAACAGGAGAUGUUGAGGAAACAGAAUCUGGCCAGACUUGAGAUGUCGGCAGAGCUGCUUAGACAGAAAGAGUUGGAAAGUCUCCACCAGCGACAGCAGCAGCAGCGUCUUUUGGGCUCCGACGCUUUGGGAGCUCUACCUCCUGGUCUGCCGCCCGACCAUCCAGCCCUGCGGAGCCUCCAUGACAUCCCAGAGGGCCAUCCCCUCCGUGAGGAACUGGCCCGCCGCUCAAAUGCAAUGCUGGUGCUUCGCCAUGGGGCUGCCACACCCCUCCUAACCCUCAACCACCACCAGCAUCAACAACCCGGGCCACCAUCCACACCCAAAGACACCCAGGCACAGAGAUCCACUGCUGGGUCAGAUGCCGAAUCCAGGAAGGCGCCCCGCAGGACCCCUCAGGCACAGCACGCUGGGGAUCACACAGGAGGAAGAGAAGGUGACAGGGAGUUGCAGGAUGAGGAGAUGAAGGACUCGGACAGUGACACAGAGAUGUGUGAGGAGAGGCAGGACAGUGUGGGUGCCAAGUCCAGCAGUAAACCCAGGGACAGGGAGAGAGACCGGGGUAAAGAAGCUGGCAGCAAGGGAGUGUGUGACGGUGCCAAGGAGCCUGGGGAGAGCUCAGGCAGGCUGAGUGCCCCUUGUAGUUCAGCAGGUACAGAGUCACCCAGUCGCCACCUCUUCACCCCUGGACUGGGCAAGGCUGAUGUCAAGUACCACCUGCCACCUGGGUUCAUUCCACCGCUGCCUGCUCUUCACGCCCAGACGCUGCCCUUCGGAUUUCCCUACGCCAACCCCUACUUUCACACUGGCUCUGUGGGAGGUCUUUUCAUGGAUGGGGAGGACUCAGCCACAGCAAACCCUGUGGAGGACAUCAGCAAGUGGAGUGUGGAGGACGUGUGUGGCUUUAUAAGCAGCCUGGCUGGAUGUGCUGAAUACACACAGGUGAGGACAUAG